AUGGGGGUUGUCACGGUACCCCAAGCACCGCAACAAGCGACAGGCACAAUGGACUCCCUACAUGAAGCGAAGCAAGGGGCCACCAAGAUGGUGGAUCACUCUGACACGAUAGUGUCGGACAAGCGACGGCAACAGCAUGCUAAAACAGAAACCGUAGACCACACAAAAGACUCUAUCGCAUUAAUUUUUGACCGCUUCUGGCCAAGUUAGCGGCACGCUUACAGCCUGACACACCAAACCGAAACCCACCCGCAAAAGGGCAGAGCCAUCGGCGGAAGGAGGACAGAGGAUACUCACCAGGGCAACUCGAUGGCCCCUACUCUAAACCCCCACGUCAAGGACCCCCCCGGACCAGGAGCAACAAUGGGCAUGACCCAGAGGGGGAGAGUGGUAAGGUGAAUACGUAAGCGACCAGCUAAACCUCUCCGAACCACCCCACAAGGGACGACUCUGGGCCACACAGGCUCCCAGGCUCGUGGCCUACGAGCAACAGCUCCCACAUGGUUCUGGGGCAAGGGAGGAUCCCCACCCCCAGAACAGCAGGGCUCUACCCAGCGGAGACAGACUCCAGGCGCAAGACCAGAGCCCAGACUGCACUCGACACUCAGCGGUUACCAGACCCGCAGCAGCACAGCACUCCGGGUGCAUACCGGAGGAGGGCAUCCUACCGAACACCGCAUCUGCACGGACAACCAUCCCCACGGUCCGAGCACACAGAGGAGCCCCAGCCAAAUGACGCCUCACCUGAUCAUGCUGGACCCGACCGAAGAAAGGUACCUGAAACAGGCCAGCAAGAGGGAGACAGGGGACACCAGUGAGGGACUCACAUGGCAAAACUCAGUCUGGCCCCAACGGGGAAUCGGCUGA